AUGAGAAGGACACAUGAACGACCAAAUACAUAUAGAGUUCGAAAGAUCAAGAUUUUUAUAAUAUCUCUUCAUCUUUCAUUUUUUCAGAUCCACUUGGAGAGAGCACUUUCAUUUCUCACGUCAGAGAGCCUCACUCUCAUUUCUCUCCAUCUCGAUUUCUUGGCAUCUUCCUUCUCGAGAGAGAUCUCCUCGCCGCACACCGUUAUCGUCACGUCUCGACCAUUUGGAGUAUCUCUCCUCAUUGCUGGCCAUGACGAGAAUGGACCUAGCUUCUUUUCCAAAAUGAGAGAUAUGAGAAAAAUAUUCCCAUUUGAAUUAUUUCACUUGGGUGGUGAUGAAGUGAAUACAGUCAAGGGGUUCAACUCGGGAUGGUACUGGAGUUCACGACAGCAUAGUAAAUCAGCUUCUGACUAAGUCUCUCUGCAUCAUCUCUUCGAACGUUCUCUUCCCUAAUUUCUCAUCCCUUUGAUCGAAGAGGUGAAGCUAGUGGGGGAUAGCGAAAUCACGCAAUGGUGGUGGCUUGUGGCUGUUUCCGG